AUGAACGGCAGAAGGAGAGUGUUCAGUGCCCUGGACGGGCUUAAGUGUGAUCGUGCUGUCGUAUGGUCGGUGUUCAUGUGGUGGUGUCUUGUUGUUCUGCCUGGUAACGUCGAGAGUGCACCGCCUGGGAUAUGCGCGAUGGACGGGUGCAACUGCACCGUCAAGGCACACCGUUGGAUUAACGUCAAGUGUGUCUUCUCCAACGAUCAGGACGUGGAGUUACUGGAGGGAACCAUUCCAUCGGACGCGAUGGAGGUGGAGGUCUCUCACUGCAGGGAAUUGAGAAUCCAGUCGGGCGCGUUCGCGGAUGGCUCGCCCCUGAAACGGGUCCACGUGUCCGGGAUCUAUAGUCUGGUGGCGAAGAGGCAGGCCUUUCAGAAUCUUAGCGCGCCGAACACGCAUCUCGAGGUCUCCGAGUGCAACAGCGUGAUCCUGGAGAGUCACGCGUUCAGAAACACACGGGGGACGCUGAGCGUCUCGAUAUCCAGGUGCAGGCACGUGGGGAUCAAGCCGAACGCAUUCUCGCGGUUAUUGUGGAUCGCGGUUCGGGAGGUGCCCACGCUGGAGCUGUCCAGCAACGCGUUCAAGCUCGAAGCUUCUCAACACGGCCGACAUGGACCAGCGACCAAGAUUAUGUUCCAAAGCGUGAGAAUCACAGAGCUGCCGACAGCGGUGUUUCCGUCUGCGAUCGCAGAGGUUCGAAUGGACGACAUUUGGACCAAAGUGAUACGGAAGGACGCGUUCUGCGCCAUGACGAUCUACAGCGUGACCAUCAGCAACGCGUCCAUUUUGGAGAUCGAGACCGGCGCUUUCAGCGACAGAGCCCUGAUCCAGAGGCUGGAAUUCGUCGACGUCAGGCUGCAGAGCAUCGAAAGGGGAGCGUUCCGGGCUGGUCACGACAACCUCACCAUUCAAUAUUCGAGGCUCUCCGAAGUGGAGACUGGCGCCAUCGACAUAUCCGCAGCGACGGUUAGCUUCAACAACAACGAGUUCCAGAACCUCCAGCAGGGAGCGAUCGUGCUGCAUCAAUGGAACCACAUAGCGAUCGAUUACAAUCUCUUCGUGGACCUAAACACUGACGCGAUCACGGCAGAGGUGGAAGCGACUUCAGCCCCAAACUUCGAGUUCUCCUUCACGGGGAAUCACAUACACAAAGCUAGGCCAGGCUCCCUGAAAUUCGCCGCGAUCUCGCAACGCGUGAACACCGCACGCGUGGGCAACAAUUAUUUCAAAGAGAAAUGCCGAUGCACCCUGGACAAGUGGAUCCGCGAGGUGACCGGGAAGAACAGCUCGGUUUCGUGGAUGAUGGAUUCCAGUUACUGCGUGGUCGAUCAACUUCUGGACAAGUGUUUCAACUUGCCCCAGGGUUACAUGUCCAUGAGGAACUUUACGAAGGUGAUCUGCAUGCCUGGCGACCACAUCUACUGCGAGAAACCGUCCGCCAAGCCGGAACCGAGUGUCAGUCCGCCCAGUGUCGGCCCUCACGUGUACCCUAGGCACAAGGGUUACUUCGACCUAGAGAUGAGCGACUCGGACCAGUUGCAACGAGAGAAACGGAUCAUCGUGGUGAUCUGCGUGGUGGCGGUGUUCACAGUCCUCGUUGUCAUUCUUGCCUCGGGUAUCCUCUACAUGCGUCGCAACGGUGUUUGUCCAAAGUUAACGUCCGGUCACUUAAUGAAUCUCGCCAGCUUGUUCUCACCCAGUAGCGGAAUGACAGCUGCUACGUCAGCUAGGUCGAUAUCAAGACUGAGCGUACACGAGUACGCUGGUCUUCAACCCGAGACCAGAAUCCUAGAGGUAGAAACGCAGCCGGAGGCAACAGAGGACGAAGAAGAAGACGCCGAGGGACUCUAUCCAUACACCGAGACCAAGGCCACGCAGACCUUACCGGAAGAGCUAACAGAGGAAUACCUGAGGGAUCUCAGAGAAAGGCUGAACGAUCCUGAUAAUUAUAACCAAGCCAGAGACAUGAUAGAGCACCUCUACGAUCUGAUAAAAGUAGAGGAGAGCUGCAACAAUAAUAAUGACAGGCAACCGUCCGACAGGGAGGAAAACGCGUACGACGUGAUCCGACCGAAGCAAAGAAGAAAGGGCCCGCCCAAGCCCACCGUCAGCGUGGGCACCAAAGUGCCAUCGUUAGAGAAACUACUGCCAGGUGGUAUACAACCCAGGCCACCGUUGACCGAGUACACGGAGCCCAGGGACCAAAGAACGAACGAACAGAAUCAUCUCUACGCGGAGCUACCCGGUGACGAGACGGUACCCAGCACCAGCAGACUGUCCCAACCGAUAUUAGCUACCCUAGCGGGACGAGCGCCGCAACCACUGCCACCGGAUGUCGUCAACGAUCAUCUGAUAAACGGUCAUUCGAGCCAAACGUACAGCACUCCGACGACCGAGAACCACAGGCCACCGGACAGCCCGAAAUUCGAACCGAUUCGAAACCAAGGCAGGCCGAUGAGCUUCCUGAAGGCUCUCGGCGAGAGUAUCCUAGGUGGCUCGAAGACUGGCAACAACAAGAGGCCAAAUUCGCUGCUCUGCGAGUACGCGGAACCGUCCGACGCGACAACCCACCUCUACUCGGAACUACCUGAACCCCAAACCUUGACCCCAGCGUGCAAAAUGGCGAACAGGCCGCUGCCAACCAAACCCGACCAAGAUUCCGUGAACAUGGCGAGGGUGUAACGACGCCCAAUGCCGAUUGUCUGUGAUAUAAUGUGUGUGCGUGCGUGUCGAGAGCGAAAACUGAAAGGAUGUUCUCUCGUGGUUCUUGCAUAUUUCCUAAUUCGUGCUUGCUGACCAAGCGUGCGGUGUGGUGACGUACUACCGUGGAUGAAUAUUGCUGAGGAGGAACCAGGACCGUCGGGUUCUCUCGCGGGACUAUUUUUAAGCGUUGUAUAAAGAUAGGAAAAUUGAACGCGGAGUAACGUUUCCGCCCCGGUUUUGUUGUAUCUUUUUCUAGUUCGCGCGCGGAGUAUGGCUGAACGGACGACAAUGGUCGAAAGAUGAGUUUUUAUUUAAACGACUGGAAAACCGCGGAUGUAUCAUAGAAUUUAUAUAUAUUUGCUUCGUCAGGUAUUAUUAAAGGAGUACU